GGCAUGCCGGGAGGUGUAGUUUCCGGGGAUAUGAGCGGUCCCUCAGCUCUGGCAUCCGGCUCGCUCUCCGACUACAAGAGGGGAAGUGCUGGCUGUGACGCGCCGGAUGUGACUUCAGAGGAAGCGACGCGCAGAAAGCGAGAGACGGUCUCUGCUGUUGGAAAUGGCCGAGUAUCUGGCAUCGAUUUUCGGAACCGAGAAGGAUAAGGUUAAUUGCUCCUUCUACUUCAAAAUCGGAGCAUGUCGUCACGGAGACCGCUGUUCCCGUCUGCACAACAAGCCCUCGUUCAGCCAGACGAUUGUGUUGCUGAAUCUUUAUCGAAACCCUAAGAACACGGCGCAGAGCGCGAACGGCAACAACUGCCACGUGACCGAUUUGGAGGUGCAGGAGCAUUACGACGACUUCUUCGAGGAAAUUUUUACAGAAGUGGAACAAAAAUACGGUGAAAUCGAGGAGAUGAAUAUAUGCGACAAUCUUGGAGACCACCUGGUGGGGAACGUCUAUGUCAAGUUCCGUAGGGAGGAGGACGCAGAACGCGCCCUCGUCGAGCUGAACAACCGCUGGUUCAACGGCCAGGCCAUCCACGCUGAGCUGUCGCCGGUCACGGAUUUCAGGGAGUCCUGCUGCCGGCAGUAUGAGAUGGGGGAAUGCACCCGCGGGGGCUUCUGUAACUUCAUGCACUUGAAGCCCAUCUCCAGUGCUUUGCGCCGACAGCUAUACGGACGAGGACGCAACCGCGCGGUUGGAUCGAAGCAUUCGCCCCCCAAACGCUUCUCGGAUACACAACGUCCCAAAGACAGAGACCGCCGCCGGCGCUCAAGAUCCCCAAGACACAGACACGGCCGCUUCUAAGAGCGCGUAAACUUCCAUUUUCUUUGGGGGGGCAUUACUCUGCCACGUUUUCUUUUUUUUUUUUUGGCUUUUUCACAAUUGGAGAGGAGCGGCUCCACUGCUGCGAAUCUGUUCCUCG